UUAUUUUCAUGUCUCCGUAACUUUCUACAUUUCUUUUUAACAUUAAACACCUGCUGCUACUGCUGGAGAGUCUCUUUAAGAAACAGGUACUGGCUACUUUGUAACUUGAUCAGAGGUUUAAAUAAAUAAUGGAGUUGGGUUCACUAUUGGCACGGUUGUUGCUGUUUGUAUUUCAAAGGGAAACAACCCACCCGAACACAGAUAAACUGAAACACUUUUGUUCGGCAUCCUGCUAUCAAUAAUCCGAGGAUGAACCCUGAGUAUGACUAUCUGUUCAAGUUGCUGCUGAUUGGGGACUCUGGUGUGGGAAAGUCAUGUUUACUCCUGCGGUUUGCUGAUGACACCUAUACAGAGAGCUACAUCAGCACUAUUGGAGUAGACUUUAAAAUCAGAACUAUUGAAAUGGAUGGGAAGACUGUCAAACUACAGAUUUGGGAUACAGCAGGACAGGAGCGAUUUCGCACCAUAACAUCCAGUUAUUAUCGGGGAGCGCAUGGGAUUAUAAUUGUCUAUGAUGUCACCGACCAGGAGUCUUUCAACAACGUAAAGCAAUGGUUAGAAGAAAUUGAUCGCUAUGCAUGUGAAAAUGUCUCCAAGUUGCUAGUAGGGAACAAGAGUGAUCUUGCCUCAAAAAAAGUGGUAGACUUUACCACAGCAAAGGAAUUUGCUGACUCACUCAAAAUGCCACUUUUGGAGACAAGUGCCAAGAAUGCAAACAACGUAGAGAAGGCAUUUUUAACAAUGGCCUCUGAAACACAGAAGAGGCUUGGGACGGACAGCAUUCAGAAUGAAACUGUUAAAAUGGGUUCCAAAAUAAACAGCGCCCCCUUGUGGCCUGGAGGAGAGAAAUCAGUAGCUGAAGAGGUCAACUCUUGCUGUUAGUUCUGGAUAUCAGGCUUGUGCACAAUUCAGAAUUGAAUUGAGAAUGACUCCUAAAUUCCAAUUCAAUUUUUGAAUUUGAAUUGAAUUUGAAUUGAUGUCAAAAACAGGAUCUAGAAUUACAAUUCGAAUUUGAAUUAAAGGAAGCAGAAUUGCAAUUCAAUAGAAAUUCAAAGAAAUUUAUAUGCAUAUUAUACAGUAAGUGAAGUGUUAAAAAUGAAGCUUUCAGUAUAUGUCAGAUGUGAUUGCAUAACUUAUUCUAUAAAUUAUAUUAGUUUGAACUACUUGUACAGAUUACAUUAACAGGAAAUGUUUUCCCCCAGCAAUUAAUGUUAAAAACUCUAGUCACAUAACAAAUAAUUAAGUUAGAUUUUUUUGUAAUUGUAAUUUUGUGGAACAUGACUUCAUUGCCCAGAAUGCUUUACUUUAACCAAGUAUUUAAAAUGGUUGCCAAACAAUUUUCCAAAGUAACUUUUCUAACACUGAAUGUAUGUGAGAUUCUUUCUGUUGUGUGACUGUGGAAUUUAUUUGAAUUGCCAUGAAUUAAAUUCCACUUCCUGUCAUUCCAAUUCCAAUUCAACUUCCUGUAGGGCGGAGUCAAUUCAAUUCAAAUUCCAAUUCAUGAAUUGAAUGGAGGCCAAUUCUAAUAUUCUGAAUUGUGCACAAGCCUGCUGGAUAUAUACACUAAUUCAAUUUCAGGGCAUUAUGGAAAUGAAUCAGUUAUUUUCUCAUUUAUGUUUUUCCUCUUUCUCAUCAAACUAAAUUACAUAGGCCAUUAUUUAUUGUUUUCAUGUCUUAGAGUCUUAGAUGUGUUUUAAUGAUGAAGAUUGCGCUACAAUGAAAUUAAUUUAAGAGAUGGAAUAUUCAAAAAAUAUUGUUAUCUGAACAUACAUUCAUUGUUUCUAUAUUAACUACAGACCAAAACUACUAUUUUCAGUACUGUCAAUACCAUAAAAACUUCAGUUUAUUGUGUAUUUAUUUUACUCAUGUAUAUGCAUUCAAAUCUAACCCUUUGCUGGGUUAACAGAAAUAGUUUUUAGUUUUGUUUAGAUUACACAUGGUCCAGUGUGUAUACAGAAGAGACUGCACAGCAUAUAUAAGGCAACUAUUCACUCAGACAAACCACAUUGAAAGUUUUAUAUGCAUGCAACAAUUCAUUUUCCAGAAUUUUAGAUUUCCUUUUUUUAUUGUAAUAUUAUAAUAUUCUCUUCUUUAUUAUUUUGUGAAUCUUUUGCUCAAGUACUUACAGUGUGGCUCAGAUUUUUAAAGAAAAUAAAUAAAUAAAUGAACAUUGUCAUAAUUGUAAUGGAUCUCGGUACAAUAACAUUCAAGCAAUCCCACAAUCAAGGAUGUAUGAUAUAAUUUACAUAUAUUACUGUAUAUUCAUAUUAUAUUAUAUUUGAUAAUAAUAUUGUGACAUAUUGUAAACAUUUUGAAAGUAGCUUAUGUUAAAUAUAAUGUAUACAUCUAUGUAUACUUUGUUAGACUUAGACUAGUUCUAGUGCACUUAUGUAUUGCUGUUCUUGUUUUGCUAUAAUUGCUUCUAUUGUUUACCUCAUUUGUAAGUCGCUUUGGACAAAGCGUCUGCUAAAUGACUAAAUGUAAAGAUUUUUAAUCAUCAAGUUUCAUAAAAAGUGAAUUUGUUAUAUUGUUUUAGUUUAUUAUGAAAAGCAAUAUACAGAC